CUCUCUAGAGGUAGACCCAGUAUUUCUCCACCGCUCUUAAAAAGGCAUUUUCUCUCUCUAAAAGGUCAUUCUCUCUCUCUGCCCAAAUAAACAGGGACACCCACUUCCCAUGCUGCUCAUCUAAAUGUGCACAAGCGAUAUGUGGGCUUUUCUCUAUCCAGGGGUUCUGGACCGAUGCGGAAGGUGAGGAGGAAGAAAGAGAGAGAAAAGCUGCAGAGGAACUAUGGCGGAAUUCUUCUUCACCAUUUGUGGCCUUAUUUUCAUGGGUUUUCCUCUCAUAAUCAAUUCAGUUACAGACCCAGCAGAUGUUGCCAUUCUGAACGAUUUUAGAAAGGGCCUUUUGAACCCUGAGCUUUUGAAAUGGCCCUCUGAUGACGGUGAUCCAUGUGGACCUCCUUCAUGGCCUCAUGUCUUUUGCUCCAAUUCCAGGGUUACACAAAUUCAGGUCCAGAACGUUGGGCUUCAAGGUCCAUUGCCCAAAAACUUCAACAAGCUCUCAAAGCUCAAAAGUCUAGGGUUACAGAGAAAUGGGUUCACCGGUCCAUUGCCCACUUUCAGUGGGUUGUCAGAUUUACAGUAUGCUUAUCUUGGGGGAAACCAAUUUGAUUCAAUACCUUCAGAUUUCUUCAAUGGCCUCACAAAUUUGCAGGUUCUCUCUCUAGAACACAACCCACUUAACAAAACCGAAGGUUGGGUUCUCCCUCUAGAUUUGCAGGAUUCAGGGCAGAUAAAAAACCUUUCUCUCACUAACUGCAGUCUCAAAGGACCCAUCCCUGAAGUAUUAGCGUCUUUACCCUCCCUCUCUGUCCUCGAAUUGGCCUAUAAUCGGUUGUCGGGUGAGAUUCCUGACAAAUUUUCUCAAGCCCCACUUCAAAUCCUACAGUUAAAUAACCAAGACCCACCUGGUUUAUCGGGCACUAUUGAUAUUUUAUCCACUAUGACUGAUCUACAGCGAGCAUGGCUCCAUGGAAACCAGUUCUCUGGUGUGAUUCCUUCCGAUCUAUCGAAUUGUGCCUCUCUUAGUGAAGUAAGGCUCAAUAACAACCAGUUUGUUGGGCCUAUACCUGAAACCCUAUCCACCUUGCCUCUCCAUAUCUUGAGUCUUGACAAUAACAAGCUAACUGGUCCAAUCCCUGUUAUGAAAAUGGAUUCAGGUAACUAUACUUAUGCAUUCAACUCCUUUUGUCAAUCUGACCCUGGAAAACCAUGUGCACCUGAAGUUGCAGCUCUUCUUGGGUUCCUCGCUGGUCUCAAUUACCCUCUAAAUUUAGCAUCUGAUUGGUCUGGAAAUAAUGCAUGUAAUAACUGGUUGGGUAUUACAUGUGAUAAUCAGUUACAUGUUUCUAUUAUCAAUCUUCCCCAUAAAAAUCUGAAUGGAACUCUGAGCUCUUUACUUGGUGAACUCAAUUCUUUAUCGAAAAUCAUCCUGUCUGUUAACAAUUUACAUGGUGUGAUCCCUCCUAAUCUCACCCAACUGAAAUCUCUCCAACUUCUAGACUUGAGCUCAAAUAAUUUGGAACCUCCUUUACCAAAUUUUACAACCACCACAAAGGUUUUGAUAGAUAAUAAUCCUCUGUUUAAAAAAAACCCCGAUACUCCCAUACCAGAAUCGAGCCCACCUCCCAGCCCUAGCUCACCAUAUUCUCCUCACAGCCCUAGCUCAUCAGAUUCUCCUCCAAAUCCUAGCUCACCUCCCAAUCCUAGCUCGCCAGAUUCUCCAAGUUCCGGACAAAAUGGCUCCAAUUCGCCAAAAAAUUUCACUGUACAAAUCGCCAAACCCUCAGGUAAUAAGGCACUCAUCAUCGGGACACCAAUAUUGGGCGUUGGCAUUUUAGCCGUUGCCAUUAUUGUUUUUGUGGUUUGCAAAAGAAAGAAGAAAGUGGGUUCAAUCGACAGAGCCUCUGGCUCAGUGGUGGUGCACCCUCGAGACCCAUUAGAUCCAGAUCAGGUACUUAAGAUUUCAGUGGCUCGGAACAACCAAGUCGGUAGUUCACAAAGUAGCCACAGUAGCUUAGGACCUCAAACCAUUGAAACCCAAGUUAUAGAAGCUGGAAAUAUUACUAUUUCUGUUCAAAUUUUGAGAGACGUGACCAAGAAUUUUGCACCUGAGAAUGAACUUGGAAAAGGUGGGUUUGGAACAGUGUACAAAGGAGAAUUUGAAGAUGGCACCAAAAUUGCAGUGAAGAGAAUGGAUUCGGGGACCAUUAGUAGCACUGGGCUCAAUGAAUUUCAAGCAGAGAUUGGUGUUUUAUCAAAAGUAAGGCACAGGCAUUUGGUUUCAUUGUUGGGUUAUUGUGUUGAAGGCAGUGAGAAACUUUUGGUAUACGAAUUCAUGUCACAAGGUGCAUUGAGUAGGCAUAUUUUUGACCAUGAGAAGAUGGGGUUGCCUCCUUUGAGUUGGAAACAGAGGUUGAAUAUAGGGUUAGAUGUGGCACGAGGAAUGGAGUAUUUGCAUGGUUUGGCUCAUAAGAGUUUUAUUCACAGAGAUUUGAAGUCGGCCAAUAUUUUGUUGGGUGAUGAUUUUAGGGCCAAGGUUUCUGAUUUUGGGUUGGUGAAGCUCGCACCAGGUGAUGGGAUGCAUACAUGCGUUACCAAGUUGGCAGGGACCUUCGGCUACUUAGCGCCGGAGUAUGUUUCGAUGGGGCGCAUCACUACCAAAUCCGAUGUCUUCAGCUAUGGCGUCGUGCUCAUGGAGCUGGUCACAGGGAAGAAGGCCCUUGACGAUUCUCGUGAGGGGGAGGACAUCCAUCUCCCAGUGUGGUUCCGCCGCCGGGCCUCGGAUCUCCCCUCCAUCCUCGACCCCACUCUGCCUCGCGAUCCCAGCACCCUCGAGAGUGCCGCUGUUGUUGUGGAGCUGGCUGGCCAUUGCACGGCCACUGAGCCUCGCCAGAGGCCCAACAUGGGUUACGUGGUGGGGGUCUUGGUUUCGCUGGUUGAUAAGUGGAAGCCCAUUGCAGGAGGAGGUGAUGAGUCCCCAACCAAGGGAGGGAUCGAUCUGAGCAUGAGUCUGUUGGAGUGUGUAGAGAGGUGGAGAGAGGUGGAUAGUAACAAUAACAAGAAUCGGGGGUGGUCGGAUUAUUACGGGGAGGGAAGAGGUGUGGCUUCGGAGGAUAGCAAAGGGAGUAUUCCCGAGGGGCCCAACGUGUUUGCUGAGUCGUUCAAUUCUAGUGAUGCACGGUGAUGACGAGUGGUCCGACUCUCUGCCUGCCUGUUCAGGGUCUGCGAUACAACCAAAGUGCGAAGCAGGAGGGAUGUCCCUUUCCGCGAUUUCAUUUGCCCCCGAUCAAAAGUUUUGCCGAAAUUGCGAGGGCAAAAUCGUCAUGACAAAUAAACGCAACGCAUUCACUGCUUGCCCUACUCAGGCUGAGACUGCAAUUUCCAGCUUGCUUUUGUUCGAACUUCUGUCUCCCUCAUUCCUCCUUCUCAAGCUUUCCUUUGUGUAUAGGUAGGGCAAAGUUUGUGUACAUUGCUUUAUUUAUUUGGCCACAUAUUCCUUGUUUUGUUUCCAUGAAGUUGAAAAAUCAUGGUAAAUAUCCAUCCGUCUCCGAUAUAUUAUAUAUGCGAUUCUCUACAAA